UCUCUUUCUUCCUGUCUGCUUGGAAAGAUGGCGUCCCGCAAGGAAGGUACUGGCUCUACUGCCACCUCUUCCAGCUCCACCGCCGGCGCAGCAGGGAAAGGCAAAGGCAAAGGCGGCUCGGGAGAUUCAGCCGUGAAGCAAGUGCAGAUAGAUGGCCUUGGAAAUGCCUUCAAGUACGUAGAUAGAAAAUAUUGCUGAUGAUUUUAAGAGUUUUCAUAGGGCUGAUGGCUUGUUCUUCAGUUCUCUGGUCAGGUAUCCUCAUUCAGAAGCCCUUCCUGGAUCCCCCUAAGGUGGUAUUAAAGAUAAUCAAACAUUAUCAAGAAGAAGGACAAGGAACUGAAGUUGUUCAAGGAGUGCUUUUGGGUCUGGUUGUAGAAGAUCGGCUUGAAAUUACCAACUGCUUUCCUUUCCCUCAGCACACAGAGGAUGAUGCUGACUUUGAUGAAGUCCAAUAUCAGAUGGAAAUGAUGCGGAGCCUUCGCCAUGUAAACAUUGAUCAUCUUCACGUGGGCUGGUAUCAGUCCACAUACUAUGGCUCAUUCGUUACCCGGGCACUCCUGGACUCUCAGUUUAGUUACCAGCAUGCCAUUGAAGAAUCUGUCGUUCUCAUUUAUGAUCCCAUAAAAACUGCCCAAGGAUCUCUCUCACUAAAGGCAUACAGACUGACUCCUAAACUGAUGGAAGUUUGUAAAGAAAAGGAUUUUUCCCCUGAAGCAUUGAAAAAAGCAAAUAUCACCUUUGAGUACAUGUUUGAAGAAGUGCCGAUUGUAAUUAAAAAUUCACAUCUGAUCAAUGUCCUAAUGUGGGAACUUGAAAAGAAGUCAGCUGUUGCAGAUAAACAUGAAUUGCUCAGCCUUGCCAGCAGCAAUCAUUUGGGGAAGAAUCUACAGUUGCUGAUGGACAGAGUGGAUGAAAUGAGCCAAGAUAUAGUUAAAUACAACACAUACAUGAGGAAUACUAGUAAACAACAGCAGCAGAAACAUCAGUAUCAGCAGCGUCGCCAGCAGGAGAAUAUGCAGCGCCAGAGCCGAGGAGAACCCCCGCUCCCUGAGGAGGACCUGUCCAAACUCUUCAAACCACCACAGCCGCCUGCCAGGAUGGACUCGCUGCUCAUUGCAGGCCAGAUAAACACUUACUGCCAGAACAUCAAGGAGUUCACUGCCCAAAACUUAGGCAAGCUCUUCAUGGCCCAGGCUCUUCAAGAAUACAACAACUAAGAAAAGGAAGUUUCCAGAAAAGAAGUUAACAUGAACUCUUGAAGUCACACCAGGGCAACUCUUGGAAGAAAUAUAUUUGCAUAUUGAAAAGCACAGAGGAUUUCUUUAGUGUCAUUGCCGAUUUUGGCUAUAACAGUGUCUUUCUAGCCAUAAUAAAAUAAAACAAAAUCUUGA